AUGGGUAUUGCAGGUAUGCUACCAACCACUUACUGCUUGGCCUAUCUGUUGACGGCAAUCAUAGGCCUCCAUUCCUUUCUGAAGUCCAUCCAGAAGCCAUGCAAUAUCAAGAAAUUCAAAGGGCAGACCCUUGGGGUGGAUGCCUAUGGAUGGCUGCAUCGAGGUAGCAUUGCAUUUGCUCUUGAUUUGGCCCUUGAUCGCCAAACAACCAAAUACAUCAAUUUCGCUAUGCAUCGAGUCCGUAUGCUUCUAUAUUACGGUGUCACUCCGUACCUCGUCUUCGAUGGCGGAAGAUUGCCGAGCAAGGACUCAACAGAGGAAGCGAGAGCUGCCCGGCGCGAGGAAAGCAGAGCUUUGGGUUUGGAGCAUUACCGCACUGGUCGUGCCGCUCAAGCCCAACAGGAAUUGCAAAAGGCUAUUGACGUAACCCCAUACAUGGCGCGCGUGCUCAUUGAAGAGUUGAAAAAGCUGAACAUACAAUACAUCGUUGCGCCUUAUGAGGCUGAUGCCCAGUUGGUGUACCUCGAGAAAGAGGGGAUAAUCAACGGAAUCAUUUCGGAGGAUUCAGACAUGCUGGUAUUUGGUGCACGUAUCUUGGUUUCAAAAUUGGAUAAACAUGGCGAUUGCAUCGAAAUCAGCCGAAAUAACCUUUCGGCCUGCCGAGACGCUAGUUUUGCUGGAUGGACGGACGAGAACUUUCGCCAAAUGUGCAUUCUUAGCGGUUGUGAUUACCUUCCAAAUAUUCCGGGCUUAGGAUUGAAAACGUCAUAUCGGAAUCUUAGAAAGUACAAGACUGUUGAACGGGUCGUGAAGAUGGUGCAAUAUGGAGGGCAAACCCGCGUGCCUUCGAAUUAUCUGGAAGAGUUCAGGCGUGCAGAGCUGACGUUUCUUCACCAGCGGGUUUUUUGCCCUAGAGCUCGCAAGCUAGUCACGCUUAAUCCCCUUCCGCAUCACAUCCAAGGAGAGCUUCCAUUCAUCGGUAGCGAUAUCGGAUCUGAGAUCGCAAUCGGGAUCGCUUGUGGUGAACUAGAUCCCAUAACUAAAAAACCCAUCGAGCUAAAACCAGUAUACUUGGAGAGAGCGAGGACGAUGUAUGGACGGCGACAGACCUUUCCCGCCCCUGACGAAAAGGGCCGUAACAAACCUAUCAGCUCCUUCUUCACGCCGAAGCGCGUUCCGCUGAGCGAAUUGGAUCCAAAUAGCCUAACGCCUUCCCCAAGCCAGCAAGCCCUUCUUGUUCAGAACAGUCAACGGUCAUGGCCGGCCAGGCCAGUGGCAAUGCCGGGUAGCGUUUCAAGAUCCGCUUCGGCCUCCCAACCAUCCCCUCGCUUGCGCCGAGAAACAUUUCUGUCACGCGCCGGGACAUUAGCUCAACCUCUGCCUGUAAAAAGGCAACGCUUAUGCUCUGAUGCCGCUGACAAUCAGCCAGGCAUGGCAGAACGCAGUCGGUUCUUUCAGGCCAGUGCUGACAUUUCCCGAAUGGAGGGGAGCAAAAAGGGACAAUUCAAAAGGGCAAGGAAAGCCAGUUUUGGAAUAUUUUCGGAUGACAGUGUGGAAAAGGUCAUGUGUGAGAUGCAUGAUGCUAUGGAAGCGGCAGGCAGAUCUGCAAUGGGCCAGAAAACAGUGCAAGCAGCCACCGGAACGGGAUCCGUAUAUUCUGACCGCAGCGAGAGGCAUGUGGCUACUGAUUCGAGAAACGCAGCCUCAGCCACAUGGGAUCAGGGUACAGCAGAAUGUUCAAGUGGCACUGCGGACAGAAACUCCGACGAUCCGGCCAUUGCGCAAAAAGGUCAAGGAAAUGAGGAGGGGACAAAAAGGACUCCACUGGGCCUUGGGGCUAGAUUUGCAUAUGUCGAUGAGGUCGGAAUCACGAAACAGCGGGUCACUGAUAAGGGGCAACAGUUAUCCCGAGCAUUACCGCAAAACGUGUUGACUGGAAGCUUGACGUGUAGUCAGCGAGGCAAACAGAGCCGCAGAGCUCGACUAACUCCAUUGCAGCGAUUGCAGCAAACUGCAUUAGGCAGAUCCAAAUCCAUGAAUGCCUUGAACGCGGACGUGGUCUCAGAGGGAGUCAGUCAGAGUGGAUAUGAUUCGGAUGAUUCCAAGCGCAGUUCAGCAGCCCGACAGUUUUACCAAGCGAGUGGCAGUGAAGAUUUGAUCAUUCCUAGCACGGAUGACAGUGAGGAUGGGUCAGUGUCAAAGGCCUUGGACCUGAAACGGUUCGAAUUUUGCCCCAAAUGA